AUGAUGAAAGGUCAUGACAAGAGAAAAGUGAUGAUGAAAGAUGGUCAUAUUCUCAUUGAACUAAGAUCAAUUAUGUUGAAUGGUGCAGAGAUCAAUGAUGGACAAGAAGUAAUUAGCACUGAUGUUGACGUUCAAAUUGAACAAAUAAUGAGCAAUAAUUUCGACGUUGAGACCGAGCUAGCAGCUAUCACAUUCGAUGGCGAAGAGAUGAAUCAUGGGCAGCAUAUGACGAGUGAGCACGUCGAGAACAAUAAUGAUUCAUUGAAUAUGUUGGAUGCAAGAAGUUCGAACAUAAAUAGUGAACAAGUACUUAAUCAAAAACAAGUGAUGCUAGCAAUCGAGGAUUCUGAUAAUGCACCGAACGAGUCUGUGACAAAAAAUUGUCCAGUUGUCAAAGCUAUUACUGAGGAACGAAAUUUACUAACUACAGAGAUUAUCAAUGAUAUGAAAGCAGACCUAGCUCCUAUUGUUGGAUAUGCCGAAGAGCCUCUAUUACCACUGUCCAGAGCAUGUUUUCCGCUCACCAACAUCCUUUAUAAUUUAUCUUUCUACGUUCAAAUGGCACUUGACGAAACCUCAGAACAGCCGCCUGAUGGGCUAACGAUCGACGAGAGCGCUGCAAUUCGUCUCUAUACGAUCGAAUGGGAAAGACCCCAUAGAAGUCUUUAUUCAACGCUCAAUUACACUCUCAAGAAUGAGAAUCGCGAACAUCUUCAACCUUAUUUUAAGUAUUUGAAACUGUUCUUAACUGCUUUAGUCAAAUUACCAUGCGUCCCGCCCUUAACCGUUUGGCGAGGAGUAACUAAAAAUUUGAGCGAAGAAUUUCCACCUGGUACAUUAGUGACCUGGUGGGCAUUUUCAUCAUGCACAAAUGAAUUGACUGUACUUGAGAACAAAAUGUAUUUGGGUAAUACUGGUAGUCGAACAUUAUUCUCUGUGGAAGCUAUUAAUGGUCGAAUAAUACGAGCUCAUUCACAUUUUGUUACUGAAGAUGAAAUUCUUCUUCUGCCUGGCACUCACAUGAUAGUUCAAUCACAAUUCAGUCCGGCACCUGAUCUUCAUAUCAUUCACUUGAAACAGGUCAUACCACAAAAAGUAUUAUUGGAACCACCAUUCGAAGGUAUUUUAAACAUUUUCAAUCAAUUAGUUUAA